UGCAAUUUCUUUUAUUACACUCAUAUCAUGGGACGCUGGACGGACAAACCGUACAUUGCACAGAGCGAAUGGGCAAAUGCCCAUAGCGAAGGAGGCAUGUCUUUUGGCGGCAAGAAGACGCAGAUCGAAUCAAUCAAGGAUGCCGCGCAACGCCAGCCGUUUGAUAGCUGCACACUUUCCUUACGGCCAUUUACUGAGCCUGUGUGCACUCGGGACGGCUCUGUAUUCGAGCGCGACAACAUCGAAGCGUACAUCAAAGAAUACCACAAACACCCGGUGACUGGAGAGCCCUUGGCAGCAACCGAUCUGGUUACACUGAAUUACCACAAGAACCAGGACGGCAAGUAUGUCGACCCGGUGUCGCUGAAGCCGUUCAGCGAGUUUUCAAAGAUUGCAGCCAACGCAAAAAGCGGGAAUGUGUAUCUGUGGGAGUCACUCGAGGAGUUCAAUAUCAAGGAGAAAAAUUGGACGGAUUUGGUCAGCGGAGAGCCGUUCAAGCGCCAGGACAUUAUCGUUCUACAGGAUCCAAAGGCAAAGAAGAAGGCCGUCGUUGCUCAGGGCAAAGAGAGCACAUCCGGUGCUACAAAAUCUGUGAAGCCCGGUACCCCUGCAGCUCCAAAGAGCACGGAGAAACGGCCAUACAACGCAGCCAGCUACUCGAAGGGCCAGACUGCAGCGUCGUUCACAUCGACUACAAUGACGCCGGUGACCAAGAACGAGUCCGACACGAUUGGUGACGAGGAAUUCAUGUUUGCGCGGGUCAAGGACAAGGGCUAUGCGCGCAUAGUAACCGACUUUGGCGACAUUAACCUGGAGCUGUACUGCGACAAGACCCCUAUCACCUGCUACAACUUUAUCAAGCUCGCGCAGUCCGGCUACUAUAAGGGCGUAAAGUUCCACCGCUCAAUCAAAAACUUUAUGCUGCAAGGCGGCGACCCUACCGGAACAGGCCGUGGUGGCAAGUCCUUCUGGGGCAAGGACUUUAAGGACGAGAUCAAGCAGGGCAAGUCGCAUUCAGAGCGCGGCGUCCUGUCGAUGGCCAACCGUGGACCAAACACCAAUUCAUCGCAGUUCUUCAUUCUGUAUAGGGCUGCCACGCACUUGGAUGGGAAGCACACGAUAUUUGGCCGUGUCGUUGGCGGGCUGCCUGUGCUGGCCAAGAUCGAGGCUGUGCCAACUGAUAGCAUGGACCGGCCCGAGAAAGACGUUGUGAUUAAGGACGUCAAGGUGUUUGUGGAUCCGUUUGGCGAGUUCCAGAAACGACUGGAGCGCAAGAUUGAGCAUGAGGAAAGCGAGCAGGCGCUGAAGGAAGGUAAGCGCAAACGCACAGAGGAAGAGGAGCUGGAGCAUGAGCGCAAUACGACUACAUGGCUCGGAACAAAGGUGCCAUCGCGCUCUUCAGAACCCAGGGCCGACCCGGCAGAUGGGUCAACUGCCACAGCGUCCAGGCGUGGCGUUGGCAGGUACCUGAAGAAGGUGCAUCUCGAUAAUCCAAAGCACGCAGCAGACGCUGAACAAGAGUCCAACGCACAGAGCGGGUACAAGUUUGGUGAUUUCGGUGACUGGUAACUCGAUCUCAAUAAAUGGCAGCUAUAAUACAAUUGGCUAAAGCGAUGCUGAGCUUCCCCACACACCCAGAUCAUAAAAGUA